AUGAGUGCACACUUGGCUCUGCCCCCCUACCAGGCUUACCCCAGUGGGACUGGCAUGGGGUACCUGGAGUUUUACUGGAACUCGGCAGGCGAGGCAGGACAUGCCUCCACUUCAGCUGGGCCAGCAGCAGUCACCAGUGCCACUCUGUCCCCAGAGGCAGCAAGGAAGAGGCAGACGACAGAAGCAUCCCCUGUUUCAUCCAGCUCUGGGAACUUCAGCCAUUUCACACCAGAUUCAGCUACCAGCCCCCAUUCGGCAUCCUCUUCUCCACAGCCGACAGCUAAGUCCCAAAAGGGCAGAGAAGAUUCAGUGGAGGGGGUGAGGAAAGCCAAGAGCCGCACAGCCUUCUCCAAGGAGCAGCUGCAAACCCUGCACCAGAGGUUCCAGAGCCAGAAGUACCUCAGCCCCCAGCAGAUCCGAGAGCUGGCUGCUGCCUUGGGGCUUACCUACAAGCAGGUGAAGACUUGGUUCCAGAACCGGAGGAUGAAGCUGAAAAGGUGCCAGAAGCACAGCCUGUGGACUGAACGGGCUCAGUGCCUCAUGCAAAGUGGCUUCCAGGCAAGUACUUAUCUUGAUGUGCACUCCAAAUUCCAUCAGGGCUACCCAGUCCCAGCAGCCAGCAACAUCCAAGCAGUGCCCCCUCCCAGCCAGCACUACGGAGCAGGCCAGAACGCUUACACAAUCGUGAGCAGUGAGGAUGGAGGAGUCUUUGGCAAAGGUGGGGGCACCUGCAGCGUCCAGCAGACAGUGGGCUUCAUUUCCCAGCACAAAGUAGACUUUUAUCACAGCUGUCCUGGCAGUGUGGAAUAUCCAGGCACAAAGACAGGUGACAGCUGUAAUUUCCACCACUCGGCCACCAUGGGGGCUCCUUUCCCAACCACUUCUGGCCACCACCUCUAUCACUCCUAA